AUUUCAAUAUUUAUUCAUUCUCCUUUACAGGUAAAUGUAAGAUCCCAUUUGUAUGUACAGUUCAGCGAUGGACUGCGACUCAGGCUGCAAUGAGAACUCUCUUAGAUCGAGAACUUGAAGGCAUUCAGGAUGCAGGAACAUACAAGUCAGAACGUAUUAUCACCUCUAAACAGGGACCUUUGAUUCGUGUGCAAGGCAGGCAAGAAGACAUACUAAACUUCUGUGCAAACAACUACUUAGGAUUAUCAAGUCACCCGGCUGUUGUGGAGGCAGGCAAGAAGGCAUUUGAAACACAUGGAGCAGGCUUAAGCUCGGUGCGAUUUAUUUGUGGAACACAGGACAUUCACAAGGAUCUGGAGGAAAAGAUUGCAAAAUUCCAUGGAAAAGAAGAUGCCAUCUUGUACAUCAGCUGCUUCGACGCUAACGCUGGAUUAUUUGAAGUCUUACUAAGUCCUGAGGACGCUGUCCUUUCGGAUGAACUCAAUCAUGCUUCCAUCAUUGAUGGCAUCAGGCUGUGUAAGGCCAAGAGGUUUCGGUACAAGCAUAGGGAUAUGGCAGAUCUAGAGGCUAAUCUUGUCCAGGCUAAGGAUUGUCGGCAGCGUUUGAUUGCGACAGACGGGGUAUUUAGCAUGGACGGCAAUGUUGCUCCACUCAGGGAUAUAUGUGAUCUGGCAGAUAAACAUCAGGCGUUAGUUUUUGUAGAUGAAUGCCAUUCGACAGGAUUCUUCGGUCUUACUGGCAGAGGAACAGAAGAGUACUUCAGCUUGGAUGGCCGAGUGGAUGUUAUCAACUCAACCUUAGGGAAGGCUCUUGGUGGUGCAGCAGGUGGCUAUACAACAGGACCCAAGCCAUUGAUUGACCUCCUGAGACAGAGAUCCAGGCCAUAUUUGUUCUCAAAUACCUUGCCACCGCCUGUUGUAGCCUGCGCUAGUAAGGCUUUAGACCUCAUAAUGCAAAAUGCUGACUUGCCCAGGAAAGUGCUGACAAACACCAGAAGGUUCCGGACACGAAUGCUUGAUGCUGGUUUUGCUGUUUCUGGUGACGCAGACCAUCCCAUCUGUCCAGUCAUGCUGGGAGAUGCCAGACUGGCCGCACAGUUUGCUGAUAAAAUGCUGGAGAAAGGCAUCUAUGUGAUUGGGUUCAGCUACCCUGUGGUGCCCAAGGGAAAAGCCAGAAUUAGGGUGCAGAUUUCUGCUUCACACUCGGAGGCUGAUGUUGAUAGAGCUGUUGAUGCUUUCAUUGAGAUCGGCAGAAGUUUUCACAUCAUCAAGUGA